GAGUGCCUUCGCGGCCGCAUUGACCUGGUGGGCAUAGCCUCCGUCACUGCGCCGAGGCGGGGCGCCAGGGCCUGGCAGGUUGCUGGGUUGGGCCCGGCACCUCCUGCCCCUUCCCAGAGCUCAGACUGGCCGUGAGGCCCGCAGCGCCCCCUCAUCUUAUGCCGGUGAAGCUGACGACAGCCCUACGUGUGGUGGGCACCAGCCUGUUUGCCCUGGCGGUGCUGGGUGGCAUCCUGGCAGCCUAUGUGACAGGCUACCAGUUCAUCCACACAGAAAAGCACUACCUGUCCUUUGGCUUGUACGGCGCCAUCCUGGGCCUGCACCUGCUCAUCCAGAGCCUGUUCGCCUUCCUGGAGCAUCGGCGCAUGCGCAGGGCAGGGCGGCCAAUAAAGUUGUCCUGCCAGCAGCGGCGUUCAGUGGCGCUCUGCAUUGCMGCCUACCAGGAGGACCCUGACUACUUGCGCAAGUGCCUGCGUUCAGCCCAGCGUAUUGCCUUUCCUGACCUCAAGGUGGUCAUGGUGGURGAUGGCAAUCGCCAGGAGGAUGCUUACAUGCUGGACAUCUUCCAUGAGGUGCUGGGUGGCACUGAACAAGCCGGCUUCUUUGUAUGGCGCAGCAACUUCCAUGAGGCGGGUGAGGGCGAGACUGAGGCCAGCCUGCAGGAGGGCAUGGAGCGAGUGCGGGCAGUGGUACGGGCCAGCACCUUCUCAUGCAUCAUGCAGAAGUGGGGAGGCAAGCGUGAGGUCAUGUACACAGCCUUUAAGGCCCUUGGUGACUCCGUGGACUAUAUCCAGGUGUGUGACUCUGACACUGUGCUGGACCCAGCCUGUACCAUUGAGAUGCUUCGAGUCCUGGAGGAAGAUCCCCAAGUAGGGGGAGUUGGUGGAGAUGUCCAGAUCCUCAACAAAUAUGACUCGUGGAUCUCCUUCCUAAGCAGUGUGCGAUACUGGAUGGCCUUCAAUGUGGAGCGGGCCUGCCAGUCCUACUUUGGAUGUGUGCAGUGUAUCAGUGGGCCACUGGGCAUGUACCGCAAUAGCCUUCUCCAGCAAUUCCUGGAGGACUGGUACCAUCAGAAGUUCCUAGGCAGCAAAUGCAGCUUUGGGGAUGACCGGCACCUUACCAACCGAGUCCUGAGUCUUGGCUACCGGACUAAGUAUACAGCACGCUCCAAGUGCCUCACAGAGACCCCCACCAAGUACCUCCGGUGGCUCAACCAGCAGACCCGCUGGAGCAAGUCUUAUUUCCGGGAGUGGCUCUACAAUUCUCUGUGGUUCCAUAAGCACCACCUCUGGAUGACCUACGAAUCAGUGGUCACAGGUUUCUUUCCCUUCUUCCUCAUUGCUACAGUAAUACAGCUUUUCUACCGUGGCCGCAUCUGGAACAUUCUUCUCUUCCUGCUGACAGUCCAGCUGGUGGGAAUUAUUAAGGCUACUUAUGCCUGCUUCCUUCGGGGCAAUGCAGAGAUGAUCUUCAUGUCUCUUUACUCCCUUCUUUAUAUGUCCAGCCUCCUGCCAGCCAAAAUCUUUGCCAUUGCUACCAUCAACAAAUCUGGCUGGGGCACUUCUGGCCGAAAAACCAUUGUAGUGAACUUCAUUGGCCUCAUCCCUGUGUCCAUCUGGGUAGCAGUUCUUCUGGGUGGGCUGGCUUACACAGCUUAUUGCCAGGACUUGUUCAGUGAGACCGAGCUAGCUUUCCUUGUCUCUGGGGCCAUCCUGUAUGGCUGCUACUGGGUGGCCCUCCUAAUGCUUUAUCUGGCCAUCAUUGCCAGGCGAUGUGGGAAGAAGCCAGAGCAGUAUAGCUUGGCUUUUGCUGAGGUGUGACACAGUCCCCCAAGUAGAGUGGGAAAAGUGCAAUGGGUACGGGGAGGGAAGGGGAAUGAAAGAUAAAAGAUGGGGUGGGAGGGAGGAGGGAGUGCUGUUUUAGCUUCUUAAUGGUUCGAAGGACAAAUCUGAAAUGCAAAGAAUGGUGACUAUAAUAUGGCCUAGGUAGCUUUG